AUGGAUUCCGAUGUUAUCGAUGAAAAAGCAGUGAGAUCAGAGGGAUUUAAAUGGUGUCGAGAUUCUAUAGGGGGUAUAUGGUCCAAAAUAACCCCCGACGAUUUCGUAUUAGAGAGAAUUAAUGGUGGUUUAUCAAACUAUCUAUAUCUAUGUUACCUAGCACCAGGUUUAAAACCUCUAGGUAGUGAACCAGAUAAAGUUAUGUUAAGAAUAUAUGGACACAUUGCCAAAACUAGCAAAUCCUUUGUGAUAUUUAACUCUGUGGUGUUUGCUAUACUUUCCGAGAAAGAUUUGGGACCAAAAUUAUACGGAAUUUACCACAAUGGAAGAAUUGAAGAAUAUAUUCCUACUAAACCUCUACAAAGAACAGACUUGAAAAAGCCACCAUUAUCAAAAUUAAUCGCAAGGAAGUUAGCCAAAUUACAUUCCUUAGAUAUGCCACUAUGUAAAGAACCAAGAUGGUUAUCAGAGACCAUUGAAGGAUGGAUCAAAGAAAUUCAAAACAAUACACAUCCAAGUGAUCCAGAAAAUCAACUAUACAUCCAUAAACUACAAUCAUUCAAAAUGGAGGAGGAAUUUCAAAAUGUAUUAAACAUCAUAUCCAAGGUACAUUCCCCUGUUUUAUUUUGUCAUAAUGAUUUACAAGAAGGUAACUUAUUACAUAUGGAAAGCUGUGCCAAUACUUCUAGAGAGUUAACAGUUAUUGAUUGGGAAUACUGUAGUUAUAAUUAUCGUGGAUUUGAUAUCGGCAAUCAUUUCUGUGAAUGGGCAUAUGGCUACUCAAACCCUAAACCACCAUUUUUCAGUUACAAUCCUGAGGAUUAUCCAAAUAGGGAACAACAGUUUAUAUUUUUUAAAGAAUAUUUAGAAAACAGUGGAAAGGAAAAUGUGACAGAAAAAGAUUUAGAAGCCUUAUAUCUAGAAGUGAAUACUUACGCACUGGCCUCUCAUUUCUUCUGGGCUGUUUGGUCUAUAGUUCAAGCUCAGACAUCUGUCAUAGAGUUUGGUUAUUGGGAAUAUGCCAUAUCUAGAUUUGAAAGAUAUAUUGAGUUGAAAGAAAAGAUUCUACAUAAUAAACAAUUCCUGUAA